UAUAUUUUUUCCUUUUUAUUUUUUAAAAGAAUUUACAUAUUUUUUCCGAUUCGUCCUUUGACUUUUUUUCAGGAAUUUUCCUUUAAAUUUAAUUUUAUUGACCCGCCCUUGGUUUCUAAAUUAAUUUUCUGAUCGAUCUUAUAGGGGAGAGACUUGGGAAAUUUUUUAAAUUUCUCCUAAUUUUUAGUUGUGCGCCAAAAACGCCAAAAAAUCAAAAUUGGCGUUUUAUCAUUUUUGCGUACGGUCAUGAACAAAGCAGCUAUUUAAUUGUUUUCUUAAUUUUAUACAUAAAAAUUAGUUUUGUACACCUGUUGAUAAAAAUAUUUUUUUAUUAAAAAAAUUUUUUUUUGUAUUUUUAAACGUUAAAAAAGCUUUCUGUUUAAAUUUAUUUUUAAUUUUUGUUUUAAGCAAUUUUUAAAUAAUUUUUAGAAUUUUUCCCUCAAUGUUUUCUUUUUCAAGGAAUUUUACAAAAAAUUAUUUUUCAGUCAAAAAUAAAUUUUUAAAUAAUAAUUUUGUUGGAAUGUUCUCAACAAUGACGCAAUCUGAUAUUUUACAAACAGAAUCGAUUACUAAAUUGUUACGAGGACAAUUUCCAGAAGAAAGUGGGGAUGUGGUUAAUGUAGAGGAUAUUUCUGGUAAUUUUUAA